GGUACCGACGAAAAACGUGGACAUCAUCCUACAAGGAACGGUGCGAAUUGUGUUCGACAGCGAAAGUACCAAGCACAAUCUCAACGACUCCGUACACAUACAAAAAAUAUAAUAAUAUUAUUAUAGUUCUUCGUCAGCUACAAGAAGUCAUCAUGCAAUUGACAAUCGCAGUAGUAAGCUGUAUGUUGGUCAGUCUAGUCAGCUGUCAACAAUAUCAGCCCACAACUCCUAUCCCCAUCGUCCGAUAUGAAAACGAUGGUGUCAAUUUUGAUGGAUCUUAUAAAUGGGCAUACGAAACCGGCAAUGGAAUCCAAGCCCAAGAAAGUGGUUAUGUGCAGCCAGCUCAAGAUCCCAACCAGUCAGCCCUGAAUGUUGAAGGUGGCUACUCAUACACCGCUCCAGAUGGUACACCGAUCAGCGUCAAAUACGUCGCUGGUCCUCAGGGAUUCGUGCCUGUUGGUGAUCAUCUACCCACACCACCACCUUUACCGCCAGCAAUCGCCAAGUUGCUCCAAUUCCUUGCCACCCAGCCAUCCACACCAGAACCAGCUUACAACAAAAUUAAGUAAACGUCCAAUACAGCUCUAACAUCAUUCACCCACACGUCUCCUACGUGUUUGAGCAAUCGUCUAUGUAUCAAUUCAUCAAAUUACCCGCUUAUGCUUAAGUCUUAUAACUAUUAAUGUCAUGUAAACUGUCAUUAUUUAUUUUCACUUUAAUUUAAAUUCAUUUUUAAAAAACUUUGAUUUGUUAUUUGUUAUUUAUCCUUUUUUAUUCUAUGGAAGUAUGCUGUAGAAAAUGUUGCAUACAAUUGCUCGAUUUUAUAUAUAUUAUUAAUUUUAUAUUGAUUUUUUUAAUAAAAAUAUACUUAUUAUACA